UUAAUUUGAAAAGUUGAAAUAUAUUCCCUCCCCUCCAGUGUUGCUUUUAUUUUGAAGAGUCAAACCGGAAGCCGCGUGUCUUACGCCGUCUGCCUGCUUUGCUCCGACUGCAAAGGACACAAUGCACGUUUCCUGCGCGGAGCCGCCGGCGGCGUGUCGGAGCUGACAGCAGAUGCUGGAGCCUCGCUGCGUCCCAGAUGCGGAGCCCCGGAUCCUGAGCGGACCAUGGGGCCGAAACAGCCGCCGCCCCCGCCUCCGCCGCCGCCGCCGCUGCUGCUGCUGCCGCUGAUCGGACUGCUGUGGUGCCGCUGCGCCCCGCUCUGUGCAGAGUGUUGGUGUGUUGCAGCGGCCUGCACGGAGCAGGUGGAGGUCCACACGGAGCGGAGGGGGGUCCUCUACAGCCCGGCCUGGCCCUUGAACUACCCGCCUGGCCUCAACUGCAGCUGGCACAUCCAGGGGAGUCCGGGGGAAGUGAUCACCAUCAGCUUCCGUAACUUUGACCUCAUGGAGUCGGGAGGAUGCUCGGCGGACUGGCUGCUGAUGACGCCCACGCGCAGCGGCGAGUCCAGGCUCUGCGGCUCCGUGCUGCCCCCUCCUUUUAUUUCCACCAGAGGGCGCGUUUGGCUCUACUUCCACUCUGGAAGCAACAGCGCGGGCCAGGCGCAGGGCUUCCGGCUCUCUUACAUCAGAGGUCACCUCGGUCAGAGCAGCUGCCAGUCAGACGAGUUCCUGUGCGGGAACGGGAAGUGUCUUCCUCGCUCCUGGAAGUGCAACGCCCAGGACGAAUGCGGCGACGCGACAGAUGAACACGGCUGCUUCCCGCCUCCCACCGAGCCCCUCCCCAGCCUCUGCCCCCCGGGCUCCCUGCCGUGCACCGAGGCCCAGACCACCCGCUGCCUGCCCGCGGCGCUCCGCUGCAACGGGGACCGAGACUGCCGCGACGGGAGCGACGAGCUGCGCUGUCCGGACACCGCCUGCGGCAAGCGGCUGGGGAACUUCUAUGGCUCCUUUGCCUCGCCGGACUUCUUCCACGCCGACCGGAGCUCCGUGACCGAGCUGAGGUGCUCCUGGCUGCUGGACACCCAGGACCCCAAGCCCAUCAUGCUGCAGCUGGACCUGCAGCUGGGGCCCGGGGACUCCCUCCACGUUUACGACGGCCUGCUGCAGCGGGCGGAGCAUCUCUUGCAGGUGCUGUCGCAUCACAACAACCAGAGGCCGGCGCUGCUGGAGUCCAGCCGGGGCCAGAUGAGUGUCCUGUACAUGGCGCAGCCUCACAGCCCGGGGCGAGGCUUUAACGCCACCUACCAGGUCAAAGGUUACUGUUUUCCCGGAGAGCACCCGUGCGGCAGCGAGCAGGGCUGCUACUCCGAGCACCAGCGCUGCGACGGCUACUGGCACUGCCCGUCGGGCCGCGACGAGGAGGCCUGCGCCGCGUGCCCGGACGGGGAGUUCCCGUGCGAGGGAGGCGGAGGCGCGUGCUACGCGGCGUCCGAGCGCUGCAACAACCAGAAGAGGUGUCCGGACGGCUCGGACGAGAAGAACUGCUUCGACUGCCAACCCGGAAACUUCCACUGCGGCACCAACCUGUGCAUCUUCGAGACGUGGCGCUGCGACGGCCAGGAGGACUGCCUGGACGGCAGCGACGAGCGGGACUGCCUGGCCGCCGUGCCCCGCAAGGUGAUCACGGCGGCGCUCAUCGGCAGCCUGGUCUGCAGCCUGCUGCUGGUCAUCGCUCUCGGCUGCGCGCUCAAGCUGCACUCGCUGAGGAACCGGGAGUACCGAGCCUUUGAGACUCAGAUGACUCGCAUGGAGGCAGAGUUUGUUCAGAGGGAAGCCCCCCCUUCCUACGGCCAGCUGAUAGCCCAGGGUCUCAUCCCCCCGGUGGAGGAUUUCCCAGCCUACAACCCCACCCAGGCGUCGAUGCUCCAGAACCUGCGGCUGGCGAUGCGCAGGCAGAUCAGGCGUCACUCCACCCGCCGCUCCACCUCUUCCUCCUCCCGCCGGCGCCUCGGCCAACUGUGGAGCCGGCUGUUCCGCCCCGCGGGUCGAGCCAGGGGCCACGCCGCCCUGCUGGACCGUGCUGAACCCGCGCAGGUCACGCUGGGGCUCCAGAGCUACCACGCCGUGAGGGAGGAGGGCUCCCUGGGGCCAGGAGCUGCAGUGCAAGACGUGGCUGAAGAUGGAGGCUCGUGCUCGGCUGCAGUCGACCUCCAGGCUAGCGCGCCCGAGAGCCCCGCGUCACCGCUGUCCCCGCACUCUGUGAACAGUUCCGACUCGGAGGCCCCAUCGCCCGUCGGCGGCGUUCCCCAGUCAGACCCGGCCGGCCCUCAGGGGGCUGCUGCUCCUCCCUGCCCCCGCCGGCCAUCAAAGAAACUGGUUCUGGAACUCGCAGUCAACCUAAAGGGCGUUUCCUUAAAACGCUACUCGCCCGUGGGGCCGUUUUCCCCCAUGUCGCCUCCCGCGCUGGAGAGCAGCUCCUUGACGCAGUCGGAGCGACGUCAUCCUCAGGGUUCAGCGGUGACAUCACCCUCUGAGAGCGUGCCUCCGUCAGUGGAAGGAGAGGAACUUGACGGCCAUUUUUCUGUGGACGUGCCAAGUGAGGAAAAGAGCGAUGUGGACGGAGAGCGAGCAAGCUGACUCAGCAGCUUCCACACAGCGAGGAAGAUGAAGACUCAGGGAGGGAAGUGCCAUGAAACAUAAAAAGCUUUCAGUGGGGGAAAACUGGAAAAUGUUCCAAUCAAGUGUCCUUCUAAUGUGUCUGAGACCUGAGUGACGGUCCAUAUUCUGACUGCUUACUACUCUGUCCUGAUGUGAAUAAAACCAGCAAUGUGUGUUGUUAAUUUCCUUGUGGAGCUCACUGAGGGUUGGAGCGACUCUGAUCAACCUGCUUAGGCCAACAGAUAAAGAAAACAAUUCUCCUGAGCAAGCCAAAACAGCUUCGCAUUGCUGCCCAGAGCCAUUACACACCGCUACCGACUGUGAGCCGUUGAGGCCUAUCGACGAACCUCUUCCCCGCCCUCUCCUACAAGAUGAUAUUUUACCAUAAUUCUUAACAUUUGGUCCCAGUCUGCCACGUUCAAGAUGGACGGUGGAGAUAUUUAUUGCUUCUGUUCAUUUAUUGAAGAGGCGAACCGUUAUUUUAAUCGAUCACUGGUUGGUUUCAUUCUCACAUCCAGGUUAGUCCUGCCACUGGUUUCUCAUUUCUCACGACGUUGAUUUAUGUUUGAUAUUUAUUUAUUGCUGCUUUGUGACGCACCAUCUUCAGCAAAAAUGUGGAAGAAACAGCCUCAGAAUUUAGUUGUAGCUAAGAAGAGAAUAUUGCAUAACAAGCCGGUUAAUAAGUCAGGAUAUGUGUUUGGUUAGCUAGCCUCCGGUUACGACUGUACGGUAGUUUUAUGAGUGAUGGAUGGAACUCCCUUUAGUUUCAAAGGCAGGAUUUUUUGUGAACACUUCAUAAUUGGGGAAAAAAAAUAUUUCAGCCAAAUUUGUCUGUCUUGUAAGCAUGAGGAAAGUUCAAAGGCUUUUCAAGCCAGCUCAGUGGCAUUGUGCAAGCAACAGGUGGGGGAAGGGCAGCGUUGUACUCUAUGCUUGACGCAACCAGAGAAAAUUCUGGUCGCUCCAGUGCUUUCUUGAAUGGAGAAAGUCCUGAUGGUAUGAUGGAAGAUUUUGAAACAGAAACUUUUUAAAAACCUUGGUUUGCCUCGAUACCAGCACUAAUACCAGGACUAAUCCGAAUUAUGUGACACAUAAGAAGUAUGUUAAAAUUUUACUGUGUGACAAAUAAAUGAGUUGGUUUUUAUAUUUAAAAAAAAAUACUCGGGUCUCCUUGAACUGAGUUAGCCAACAUGAACGCUUCACAUCACAUUUAUGGUUUAAUGGCUGUUAGCUGGCAGUUAGCUAGCUUAGCAUACAGACCUGAAACAGAAAAGUGGUUUGCUCUUUUUUUUUUCUUUUUUUUUUGUUGUUGUCUGUGUGUUGAAUUGGAUACUUGCGGUUGUAAUAUCUGUCAAAACUUAUCAUUUUUUUUUAAACGUGUGCAGUGUACAUUAGCAAGUUAGCUUAGUGCAAAAUUAGAAAAUUGGAGGAAGGGAUACAUUUUGCUGCUUUUCUGUUUUCAUUCUUUGUUAGGUUAGACUAACAACUUGCUUCAGGUUUUAUAUUUAAGAUUAAAUGAGGUUCCUCAAGAUGUUUUUACCUCAUUCCACCUGGCUUAAGCAGGGAAGCAGUUAGCUUAGCACAUUUAGCAAUUGGUAAAAAACAACAAAAGUCUAAGCAGCUGUUUCCUCUUGGUUUUGAACUUUGCAUUAAGCUAAUCUUGCUAGAAGGCUUAUAUGUUAUAUAUGUAACACUAAUAAUAUAUUUUUUAAUGAAA